CUCAUUGCUUUACCAAACACCACCUAAAUCAGUGAUGGUUUUUGACCCUGUUGUGUACACACACGUUUGAUUAGAUCAGGUUCACAUAUUUGAUCUUUUUCUGUUGUUUCCUUCUCCACCGCAACCUCAAAUUCGCUUUGCAACCUCAAAUUCUUCGCCCAAUAUCCGUGUGGGACCUUUCAUUGAAAUUAACUACGAAGAUAUUGCAAGCUAAGCAAUUCUUCACCUCUUCGUUUUCAUCUCCAUUAAGUACUAUAUAUAUAAUUACCCCUCUCUCUUCUCUUUCUUGGUCCACUGCAUAACUGCUAACAGAUACUAUGAGUCAACACAAUCAAGUUUCAGAGGCUUGUCCUCCAUCAAUACCAGUGAUGGCUUAUCCUCCACCGGGUCAGGCUUAUCCCCAGCACCAAACAGGUCCUUAUGAAGCACCAGCACCACCAGUUGGAUAUCCCACCAUGAAAGGUGAUCAAGAUUAUUCAUCACAGAUCGCAGAGACCAAAAGUAGGGGUGAAGGUUUCUGGAAAGGAUGUGUUGCUGCGCUAUGCUGCUGCUGGGUACUGGAAUUUUGCUGUGGAUGUUAAUUAAUAUUAUUGAGAGUUCAUGGCUAUAUAUUAGCUUAUGUGAAAGCAUGAUAAACUUUUUUCCUUUUUCAUUUUAAUUGCUGUAUGCUUGUAUGGGAGUUAAUUAAGAGAUUAAAGUAGAACGAAAUAACGUUUUCUCAUAAACUACAAUCUGUUUGGUUAAAUGUGGAUGUCUUCUCUUUGAGAGAGACAUCUUGAAUAUGCAUGACUCGCUGUUGUUAUUAUGAAUCAAUAAUCAAUAAGCAUGUUAAUCA